ACCCCACACCCACUCCCUCGCUCGCGCUCCGCCCGCCGCGACGGACGGACCAUGGCCGCGAUCGCCGACGCCGCCCGCCGCGCCACCGCCGUCGCCAAGUACCGCGCCAGCCUCCUCGCCUUCCGGGAGCACUACUCCCUCGUGCGAGCAGGGGAAGAGAACCUGAAGAAGGCUAAGAAGGAGCGUGAGAUAACCGAUGGGCAUGUCAAGGCGUUUCAGUGCGCUGGACAGAUUGUGGGGGAGGUGCUGCGCCCGGUUGGCGGCGAGCGCUUUAUUGUCAAGCUUAGGAGUGGUCCUCGAUACCUAGUCAACUGUCGCAAUAAGUUGAACAAGGAGAAGUUGAAAACAGGCACGCGUGUGUGUCUUGACCUAAGCACGCUUACAAUCGUGCGCGUACUUCCGCGUGAGGUGGACCCUUUAGUGUUCAACAUGCUUCAUGAGGAUCCAGGGAAUGUCAGCUUCUCUGCUGUUGGAGGGCUAUCUGACCAGAUCAGGGAAAUUAGGGAGACCAUCGAACUUCCGCUCAUGAACCCUGAACUGUUUCUCCGAGUUGGUAUUACGCCACCCAAGGGAGUGCUCCUCUACGGCCCACCUGGAACUGGGAAGACACUGCUGGCUAGGGCUGUUGCAAGUAACAUAGAUGCCAACUUUAUGAAGGUUGUCUCAAGUGCUGUCAUUGCUAAGUUUAUUGGUGAAAGUGCUCGGAUAAUAAGGGAAAUGUUUGCGUAUGCACGUAAUCACGAGCCGUGCAUCAUCUUCAUGGAUGAAAUUGACGCACUUGGGGGAAGAAGAUUCAGUGAGGGCACAAGUGCUGAUCGUGAGAUCCAGAGGACGCUCAUGGAACUGCUAAACCAGUUAGAUGGGUUUGAUGAACUUGGAAAGGUGAAGAUAAUCAUGGCAACGAACCGUCCGGAUGUUCUAGACCCUGCUCUCUUACGUCCAGGGCGUAUGGAUCGCAAGAUUGAAAUCCCUCUUCCUAACGAACAAGCGAGGCAGGAAAUCCUCAAGAUCCAUGCAGCUGCAAUGGCCAAGCAUGGCGAAAUCGACUACGAAGCUGCUGCCAAGCUAGCAGAGGGAUUCAACGCCGCCGACAUGCGCAACGUCUGCACAGAAGCUGGCAUGGCGGCGAUCCGAGCAGAGCGUGACUACGCCAUCAACGAAGACUUUAUCAAGGGGGUGAGGAAGCUCACGGACGUGAAGAAGCUGGAGUCCAGUGCCAACUACAAGGCAGACUUCAGCAAGGAGUAGCGUGUCGACAGGGCGAGUUAACCAGCUGAUGAACCUUUUGAUGAAAGUUUAGAUAAACAUAUAUAGCAACCAAUCCUUUUGAAAACGGUCCAGGAUGCUAUCGUAGUUCCUGUCCGCGAAACUGAUCCUUGCCCAGGCCUAAUUUUGAGGAACCUCUUUUAUGCACUUGUGAUGCUCGCGAGCUGCUGGUCUGAGAUGAAACUGAUCACUAAUCCUCACAUAUCCUAGUUUCUGCAUGUAGUGUUACGGUCACCGAGAUUGAAAUGGAGGGGAGGGUUCUGGACUGAAA